AUGGAGGAUGCGGAGCUGCGCUGCACGGUGGCCGUGGAGCAGCCGCUGCCGGGGGAGGCCCCGCGGCGCCGCGUGAUGCGGGGCGCGCUGGUGCUGCUGGGCCGUGACGGGCUGCGGCAGCCGGUGCUGCGGGUGGUCGGCGGCGGCAGCGGCGGUGCGGCGGCGGCGGCGCUGAGCUUCGUGCUGGCCGGCGACGCCGUGCGGCUCUUCACGCGGUUCGCGGGCGAAGGGCGGGCGGCGGUGCGGGUGGGGCCGGGCGGCGCCCAGGUCCUGCUCUCCGACUGCCCCCCGGACGCGCUGCGCCGCUUCCUCCGCCUCCUGCGGCUCAAGGUCGCCGCCGGGCCGCGGGGCGCGCCGCGCGGCCCCCGCCUGCUGGACCGGCCGCUGCCGGCCUUCGCCGUCAUCAGCCCGGUGCAGGAGCGAGACCUGCUGCGCGCCCCCGGCCGCCUCCGCGGUGGUGAGGCGCGGGGGGAGCGCCCGGCAGAGGUGCCCCGCGCGGAGAGGCGGCCCCCGGCGAGGCUCUCGGCGGAGCAGGAGGCGGUGCUGGGCGCCGUGCGGAGCGGGAAGAGUAUCUUCUUCACCGGCUGUGCAGGUGAGGGGGCCGGGCGGCUGUCACCCGGGACCGGGAAGUCGUUCCUGCUGAAGAAGAUCGUGGGCUCCCUCCCUCCGAAGAGCACCUACGCUACAGCCAGCACAGGAGUGGCAGCUUGCCACAUCGGUGGCACCACUCUCCACGCCUUUGCAGGGAUCGGCUAUGGGGAGGCACCGCUGGACCAGUGUAUUCAGCUGGCGGAGAGGCCUGGGGUGCGCCAGCACUGGCUGGCCUGCCAGCACUUAAUUAUCGAUGAGAUCUCAAUGGUGGAUGGCAAGUUCUUUGACAGGCUGGAGGCAGUGGCGAGGGCAGUCAGAAAACGGGAUGAGCCUUUUGGAGGAAUUCAGCUAAUCAUCUGUGGGGACUUCUUGCAACUACCCCCAGUCUGCAAGGCUAACGAAGAAACCAAGUUCUGCUUCCAGGCAAAAAGCUGGAGGAAAUGCAUCCACAUAAACAUGGAGCUGACUGAAGUGCGGAGACAGACCGACAAGACCUUUGUCUCACUCCUGAGUGCAGUCCGUUUAGGCAGGUGCACAGAGGAGGUUACCAGACUGCUGAUGCAGACUGCUGCUAACAGGUCUGAGCGUGAUGGGAUCCUGGCUACGCGGCUCUGCACCCAUAAAGAUGAUGUAGAAAUAACUAAUGAGAGAUGCUUGCAACAGUUAUCAGGAGAAGUGCACACUUUUGAGGCUUUGGACAGUGACCCAAUGCUAGUGAAGUUGAUUGAUGCUCAGUGUCCUGUGGGUGGUAGAGUUGAGCUAAAGCUUGGAGCUCAGGUGAUGCUAGCUAAGAAUCUGGAUUUGUCUCAAGGGCUGGUGAAUGGGGCACGAGGAAUUGUUGUAGGAUUUGAAAGUGAACAGAAGGGGCUGCCUAAGGUGAGGUUUCUCUGUGGGGUCACACAGGUCAUCAGAAUGGAGAAAUGGGUCUUCAAAGGACCGUCAGGAGUUCAUCUGAGUCGUCAACAGUUGCCUUUAAAAUUGGCAUGGGCCAUUUCCAUUCACAAGAGUCAGGGCAUGUCUUUAGAUUGUGUGGAAAUCUCCCUGUCUCGUGUCUUUGAAAGUGGGCAGGCUUAUGUAGCCCUCUCCCGAGCCCGUAGCCUUGCAGGUCUCCGUGUUCUGGAUUUUGAUCCGAAAGUAGUGAGAGCUGAUCCUUCUGUGUUGCAGUUCUAUAGACAGCUGAGACGUCAUCAACUUCUAACCCAGGAUUCACUACAUGCCCAUUCAGGUGCUGAUGAGAAGGAGAACUGGAAAUGCAGCUGAGAAUGCUGAUGCCUCCAAGAGGCCAGAAGAGCACAGACCGCUGAGUUGCAGUGAUCUUGCUAUCGACUAUAUUUGCUAACAUAGAUAAAGUCAAAGGAAUCUUUUAAGAUGUUUGCUUCAUUCAGCUGACUGGAUGUGUAGAAGUAUCUCCGUCUUGUGCCUCUCAAAUUUGGAAAGCUUCUGUAGCCCCUCUCUGGGCUGACAGCCUUGAGUACUUCUAUGUCACAGAUGCAACUCUAGCAAACAAAAUGGGUGAACAAGGACGUGCCUGAGGGACCUUCCUACGGUUCUAUCCUGUCUGCCUGGUUGCAUUUUAUUCUUCACAUAUGUAGACUGAAACUUGUAUGCCUUUCUUCAAGUAUAGCACGGUUGAGAGAUGGAAGGUUUGUGUCCUCUUUGCCUGGAUGGAUUGGACCUGUUCACAAGUGCUGCUGACACAAGGGAAAGCAGUGCUAAGUAUCUGGAGUACAUGCUUGAUUCUCUUGCAAGCGAGGAGCUGCCAGGAGCUGAGAUAUCACUUUAUAGCAUGCUGGGGUGUUCUUGCCUUCCAGAUGCUUAACACCAGGAGGCUUUGCGUAACUUCCUCCACAAGCAGAACUGUAAGAGUUAUACGUUGCCUGUUAUGCUGAUACAUAGCCUUUUUAUUAUUCUGUUGCAUACAAUAAGAUGUGACUUUUAUUUUUUUAACCUUCCAAGAUGAGCUGGCACUGUUUAAAAAUAGGAGAAAGUCCUACAUCUUCUACCCAUAAUUACAGCAAGAAGGGAGUGAGAGGAGAUGGGUGCUGGUGGGAGCCCCUCUUGUUUAAACACAUGAGGCUUCCUCGAAUGGGAGGGAGUUUCUGCUGGAAACAAUGUAACUAAGGUGGAAGUUGAAUGUGCAAUAGGGAAUAAUGGCCAGGGACAUGUGAAGUAAGCUGUAACUUCACCUGUUUCAGCAAAAGCACAGAUGAGCAGGACUAAUACACUGUCUUUUUGAAGUCUUAAUAAAGGAGAAGCUUUUGUCUUUGUAUUUUAGCACUUAAAGCUUAAGUAACUUGUAUAUUUUUAAAUGUUUAACAUGUGGGAAUAAUGUGAAAUAUCAACAUCCAGCUGGAACUCGUCUCUUGCAGGGGAGUGUCUCUGCAACAAAGCCUCUGCAGUUGGAGCGAGUUGAAGGCCACUUCUUGGCAGCUGCUCUCCUUAAAGCCAGGGAAGAAUGUUGACUAGCCAGUGGUUAAUGUAACAGAAAACAGAUUUUGGUAGGAUUUCAAAAUGUAUUUAAGUGUGGUUUGUUUUUUUUUUUUCCUGGGCUUGAGGGGUAGAGUUUUGGAGGAAGCAAUAGUAAAAGACAGAAGCGUGAGAAUUAUUCAGAGGUGUUUACUCUAAGAAGGGGUUCUUAAUGUAUUGGCACAUUGUUUCUUCGAAGAAGUCUGGUGGGGAGUAGAUGGAAAGUACCUGAAGCUUGGGCUGGAGUCUGUGGAAGGUGAGACCCUUCCCCUCACUGCAGGCUGUUCCUGGCACUGCCUCUGGUCUUUCAGACUCUGUGUGUGUGUGUGUGUGUGUGAAUUUUUUUUUUAAACAACACCUUCCAGUCCUUUGAGCUGGACUUAGCUGUUUGUUCACCUUUGGGGAGGAACUGAAAAAUGGCUUUCCCAUGCCCACACCCCUGGGAAGGAGGGUGCUGGCAUGCUAAAGCAUCACUGCUGGGGCAGAUGAGCAUUGAGGUCUGAUUCCUUGGCCCGUGGCUCCCAGAGCCUCCACCAGAUCUGGGUGAGGGCCUGACUCCAUUGCAGCCCUGCACCCACAGAGGAGCUGCUGCAGGUGUCCCCACCCAGCCUGCAGGAUGUGUCCCCCAGCUGGCUGGAUGGCGGUACCCAGUUGGGGUGACUGUGAGCAUGGAGGUGCUCAGGUUCAGCCCUUUCCUCCUGUGGUGGCACACAUGGAGUGCAGGUGUGGCAGGCUGGCCCCAGCCUUUCCUUGGACACCUCUUGUUCCCUUGGCUGCACAUCAGCCCUACCCUGCUCUGUGUCCCCAUCUUGCAGGACUCUUGCCCUUUCCUCAUGCUGCCAUUCUGCGGUGGGUGCCCUGGCUGAGCCUCUGUGCUGUGCCACUCGUGGUUCCUGUGUUGUUCCAGAUGGGCCUCCACAAGCAUCCUCCACCUUUGUUGUGGGUUGAGUUUUUGCUUUCGUUCACCUUGUUCUACAGACCAUCUGCUGAUGUUGUGUCCAUCUGCCCCUCAUGCCCCCUGUGCAGGUGGUCAGAGGCUGUGGAUGCCUUAAUUGUCAAAGACAAGGCUGUCUGUGCAGGCAGGGAAGACUGACAGGUAACCUAAAAGCCCGUAUGCUUGGCCAGUGGGCUGGCCUGGGGCCAGUUUGCACUCUUGUGGGUUUUUAGAGAUGGCACGCUGCAGUAUGAGGGCUUUGUGUUCCAUCGGAGGCUGAGAUGUGGGGUCUGAAAAGCUCGAGGAUGUUAAAGUGAGUUUUACUGUUGGGGUAGACAGGAAGAAUAUGCCAGGCACUUCCAGUCAUACACAAUACGUUGAUUUAUUGACAGAUUGUGUAGAAGUAAUGAGAUAAUGCACGUUCAAAUCCUUUAACAUCUCUUAAAAAGUUUCUGUACCACUGUAAUGACAAGAUAAUUUAGAGUGUAAGAGGGUUGAUUAUGUACAAUGCAAAUAAACUUUUAAUUGUGA